ACAAUAUGCCAGCAAAGGAUGGUGAUGAUGCAGCCUUUAUGGACUCGGAAUAUGAACACACGUUGGCGUACUUCACGUGGCUUCAGCGCCGCGCUGUUCGUGGUCAAGAUGGCCGGUAUAUCGACCCGCCAGCGGCUGUCACCGACAGCACAGCGAAUCCAGAUCUUCAGAACGCUGAGGAUAUGAUAGACGCCUCGUGGGUGGAAGUAUCGUCUUCAAAUCUGUGUGAGGAUGAUAGUAAUAGUCAUAUGCAAGAAUCCGCCCUGACUCUCGCUUCAGAAGGUGAAUGA